CACAACUGCAGGAGUGACUACUGGAACACCAAUCCAUGUAUUUGUACCAAACACUGAUGAGAGAGGAGAUGUUCUUACAAGAUCACAAAGAAAUGUCCAUGGCUUAUCGGCCGUCUCAUGCCGAUUUCACUUACGACACGAAAUACGGUGUCCGGGAGGUGCAGGGAGGUGGCAGAUCAUCUGCAAGGGAAACCAUAGGAAGAGUUAUCCCUGGUGCUAUUGCUAAGAAAAUCCUGAAGCAAUUUUCAGGAACUGAGGUUCUUGCUUGUCUCACAAGUUCAUCAGGUUGUGCUUCCAGAUGGCUUGGUUGAUCAUGACACUGUAACUCU